GACACGAACUGCUGCUCCGUCUGUUCUUGGUGUGGGCCGGUGCUGCUGACACAGGAUCUGGAUGCUCUUCUUUGUACAGUAUCUUAGAACGGUCUUACAGAUAAACGGUUGCUUUACUAUUUCUCCUUAGUACCUUUGCGCGUCGCUUUGCGCGUCGUCAUCGUGUUUUCGUGCCUUUGCUUCACUGAUCGGAUGGUCUAACGCACGCCCUUCCAUUCUGUCAAUCGACCGGAUAGAACAAGCAACUCAGCGCAUGACCCGCCAUGGGACCCGAUCGCUGUUUCGCGAUAUCAGCUAGUCGAGUGGUGGUCGCCACCAACUCCUCCGCGACAACCACUUUAGCCUCACUAUUCCUUUUCUCCUCGUCCUCCUCGACUCGAUCUCCCUGCUCCGCUGCAACACCCGCUGCGUUGGUCUCCCAAUCGACGGCUGCCACGUGUUGCUGCGUGCAGCCGCCAAUCAGAACAGGCGCCCUCACGUUGACGUCAGGCGUUCAUCAGGAUGCGUUGCUCCUCUCCCAUCCUUGCGCGCCAUGGCGGUCGACCGCCUUCUCCUCGUCUCCCUCAAGACUCUCCUGCAGAUACGCGAGCUCUGCGUCGUUCCGCGGUCAAUGGUUCGCUCGUGGGGAUGGAGUCAGCGCCGCCACGGCACCGAUCUUGAGCCGGACUGCCGGUUCGUCAACCCGAUGCCGAACGAAAAGACCAGGCUCGCGUAGCUCGCGCUCUUCAGGGUUUAACGUCUCUCGCCGCACACCCUUUUUGAAGGGCGUCCAACCUUCACUGCGAUGCUGCCACGUGUAUGGAUCUCCCACCGCUGCCAGAAAGAGACGCACGCGUAUUAGGGUAGCUGCGACAGCGUCUAACGGUGUUGCUGCGCACCUUCCCCCUUCCCCCCCUCCAUCCCGCUCUUCCGCAAGCCCCGGUGCCACGCCCACGGGAGACGCGGGCGCGAAAGGGGGAGGGGGAGCGCGGAAGGGGGUAGUUGAUGGGGGCGCGGGCGUGGGCGGCGGGCGGGAAGAGGGCGUGAAAGGCGGUGAAAUAGAUGGAGCAGGCGGGGGGACGGGGGAUGGCGGGUUCACGGGAGUGCUGAGGGAGGUUCCAGAGGGCGACCUGGAUGUGGUGCUCAGUACUCUAGAGGAUCGGUUCGGGGCAGAGAUGCGCGGCCUGGGCAGCGCCACCAGCAGUAGCAGCAGCAGCGGCAGUAGCAGCAGCAGCAGCAGCAGUAGCGACAGUGCGGCAGCGGCAGCCGCCGUAAAGGCCAACGCGCACGCGCUGCUGUCGGUGGGCGCGAAGCGCGGGCAGAUCGUCCGCCUGUUCCGCGCGCAGCCGGAGCUGAUCUACCGGGACGUGGGCGCCGCCGCCGCGGACAUGGCGGUGCUGCUGGCGUCGUUUAGAAUCACGCCGCCCGCCAUGCUCAAGGGCAUAGCGCAGUCCGUGGACUGGCUGGGCACGCCCGCGAGCCACGCGCACGCCGUGCUGCAGUUCCUGGACCGCGACCUGGGCGUGAACAACCUCGCGCGGGUCAUAUCCGUGUCGCCGCACGUCUUGACGCAGUCCGUGGAAACCCUAGAGGACACCGCCGCCUUUCUCCGCACGGAGCUCAGGCUCGGCGCGGACGUGGGCAUGGCGCUCGAGCGCAACCCCGCGCUGCUGGGGGGAAUCGGCGGAAGAGUGGUGGCGGACGGCGAGGUGAGUGGGGCGGAGGUUGUUGCUGCCGGGGCGGGUUUGGGGUUUGGGCGGUCAGACGUUUCCGCGAAGCUGGAGGCGCUGCGGCGGCUGCUGAAGCUGCGGAGAGCGAUCGACGUGCUUCCGCUUGUCGAGCACUUCCCGCCGCUGCUGCUCGCGCCCGCGGGUACCGCGGAAGCCACCUACGCGCAGCUGGAGGCGCUCUUGGGCGCCCACAGCGCCGCGCUGGUCGCUGCCGCGCGCCCGCAGGUCCUCGCGCUGCCGGCCCAGGCGGUUCGGGAGCCGAUCGUGCAGCUGAUUAGGCGGUUCGAGGGGAAGGAGGCGGCGGCAGCGGUGAUUGCGGCGGCGAACCCGUCGCUGCUGCGGCGGAAGUGGGACAAGACGGCGGGGAAGAUCGAGUACAUCACGGGGGUCAUGGGGAGGGGGCUGGGGGAGAUUGCGGAGUGGCCCGCCGUGCUGUCGUGCAACCUGAGCGGGCGCAUCAAGCGGCGGUACGAGGCGCUGAGCGGCAUGGGCGGCGGGCGGGGGGAGACGUUGCGCGCCAUGCUGGGGUGCAGCGACCGCGUGUUCGAACGGCGCUUCCGCGUGGUGCUGCCCGCGCCAGUCAAGGGGAAGAGGGGAAGGAAGCCCAAAUCAGCUGUGGCAUUGUCAUGACACUGCCGGGCCAUGUGUGCACUGUGCAUGCAUUGUGGGGGGUGUGGGGCACGUUCUGUGAAGCACCGCAGGACAUCUAUUCCUCUCUCUCUUUCCUCCCCUGCCUCUCUCUCUCUCCCCCUGCUCUCUAUCUCCCGUUCUCUACCUCCCAUUCUCUCUGCCCCACCCUCCCCCCGCCGUCUCUCGCUAACCCCUGCCUCCCCUCCUUUCCCAACUGAUCUCCCUCCGCCCUCUUCCCUCUCGUGACCCCUUUCCAUCACUGUCCUCUCGUGCGGCAUUGCUCUCGCAGCUUCUCGCUCUACCUGUCCUAUGCCCCCUUCCCCUCUCGUUGCCACCAGCCGCCCCUCCCAGGUUUCACCCACCACCUGUCCCCACUGUAGAGAGUAGUCGCCCUCCAUUCCAUGCGCUCGCCAAAUCCUUGCCGGCACACUGGCCUGCUGCCGAGCUGCUAGGCCCACCUCAGCAUCCUUCGUAACCCUUGGGUCUGCUUGGACUUAGGCCCAAGAAAAUAUUCAUGGAGUUUUUAGACAAGUGCAGCAGCCCCACGACAUGUCUGUGUUGGCAAUACAGAUAUAUAGCACCAUAACGAGUACUUCUCGUUCAAGUAUCCUUUGUACUAGAGGGAGUGUCUCGAAAUGCCUAAGUUGAUGAGCA